GAUCGAACUCUUCUCAAGGGCAUGAUGUUAAACGUGAAGAAAAAUGAGAGUGAAAGGUAGUCUCGAAAUGGGGGUCCUCUUCAAUACCCAACGAAUGGAGGAAUCGGAACUCCAUUGUUUAUUCGAUCGGCACUACUAAAGCAAAAAACUAAAAUCUAAAAAAAAGAGCAGACAAGGCUGGAAGAUCAAAAGCAGAAGCUAGCGGAGAAGUCGAAGACUUUGGGGGAAAAUUGAAGAGGAAGGAGAAGAAGAGGAAGAUGGCUUUCGAGAAGAUAAAGGUGGCUAACCCCAUCGUUGAAAUGGACGGAGAUGAAAUGACUCGAGUCUUUUGGAAAUCCAUCAAAGAUAAGCUUAUAUUUCCCUUUGUGGAGUUGGAUAUCAAGUACUUUGAUCUUGGCCUCGCUAAUCGUGAUGCAACAAAUGAUAGAGUCACAGUUGAAAGUGCUCAAGCUACUCUUAUGUAUAAUGUAGCAAUAAAGUGUGCAACUAUAACACCGGAUGAAACUCGUGUCAAGGAGUUCAACUUGAAACAAAUGUGGAAGAGUCCAAAUGGGACAAUUCGGAACAUUUUAAAUGGCACUGUUUUUAGAGAACCAAUCAUGUGCAAAAACAUCCCCCGACUUGUCCCAGGUUGGACCAAGCCAAUAUGCAUUGGAAGACAUGCUUUUGGUGAUCAGUACCGAGCAACUGAUACUGUUAUACAGGGAUCUGGAAAGCUUAAAUUGGUUUUUGUACCUGAUGGACAUUAUGAGAAGAAAGAGUUCGAAGUUUUCAACUUUACUGGUGCUGGAGGUGUAGCUCUAUCCAUGUACAACACCGAUGAGUCCAUUCGUGCUUUCGCUGAGGCUUCAAUGAACACUGCAUACCUAAAGAGGUGGCCACUUUAUCUUAGCACCAAAAACACCAUUCUUAAGAAAUAUGAUGGAAGAUUCAAGGACAUAUUUCAGGAAAUUUAUGAAACCCAAUGGAAGUCUAAGUUUGAGGCUGCAGGGAUAUGGUAUGAACACCGUCUAAUAGAUGAUAUGGUAGCAUAUGCUCUUAAAAGUGAAGGAGGCUAUGUCUGGGCAUGCAAAAAUUAUGAUGGGGAUGUGCAGAGUGAUUUCUUAGCCCAAGGAUUCGGAUCUCUUGGGCUGAUGACUUCAGUACUGGUUUGCCCAGAUGGAAAGACCAUUGAAGCUGAAGCAGCCCAUGGGACUGUAACCCGCCAUUUCCGGGUUCAUCAGAGAGGAGGUGAAACCAGCACAAACAGCAUAGCAUCAAUCUUUGCUUGGACACGGGGUCUUGCACACAGGGCAAAGUUGGAUGGCAAUUCCAGACUUUCGGAUUUUACUGAGAAGCUGGAAGCAGCAUGUAUUGGAACUGUCGAAUCUGGGAAGAUGACUAAGGAUCUUGCACUUCCUAUUCAUGGGCCCAAGGUCGCCAGGUCUCUGUAUCUGAAUACAGAACAGUUCAUUGAUGCUGUAGCAGAGGAGCUGAGAGCAAGAUUAUUUGCGAAAGCAAAGUUGUAGACAAUCACCACCAACCUGGGUAUAUGCUUGGUAAUAAUGUCCACUACGUGUUGACUCUGUUCGAGAUAGUCAAUCUCCAGAAUUGAGGUAAGAAGAAGAAGAAGAGAGAGUAGGGAGAGAAGAUGAAGUAAGAAAGAUGAUUCUGAAAAUGAACUUUCGUGAUUUCCUUCUU